AUGUCGGACGAGAACAGCUCCCGAAGUCCGACCUCGCCGGUCACGGCGACGAGCAACAUCAGCAGGAAGCAGACCGUGUCCUCGCCUGGAACAACAGCUUCGCCAGCGCCUUCGGGCCACUUCAGGCGCGCUGUGACGGCAGAGGAGAAUUCUCAGAUGCGGCGACGUGCGCCUUUCGGUCACAUACCCACUGACAGCUCGUUCUCGGAGAAGGGCUUGGGGAGGAGGAGAAGCUCAACCCUGUCGGAUUACAGCUUCAUCGAAGCUAGAGACUUCCUGAACCCGAGACCUGGCGAUGGGACAUUGCCCACAUCAGCCGACGAUAUAUCGAACUGGGCCUCGAUCCCUCUCGCCUUCGCUCUUCUUCCUGCCGUCGGCGGUAUGCUAUUCAAAAACGGCAGCGCCGUCGUGACGGAUGUCAUGCUAUUAGGCUUAUCAGCCGUAUUCCUGCAUUGGUCUGUGACACACCCAUGGAACUGGUAUCAUUCGGCGCAAGUGGUACGCGUCCGCGCCGAGGUCAGCACCAGCGCCGUGAUCGAUGACGAGAGCGACAACGAACAGACCGUUGAGAGCCCGUCCACGACGGCAUCGAUGGCGAAUGGUCACACGGUGAAUGGGAGCAUUGACGACACGUCCGAGAUGCCCGCUACGCCCACAUCCUUCGUGCAGGAACAGGUGCCCAAGUCAAUGGCCCGGAACAGAAAGGAGGACGCGCUGGCGGAGCUCUGGCUGCAUGAGAUUCUGGCUUUGAUAUCAUGCUUCAUGCUCCCGAUGCUUGGGGCGUACUUGCUGCAUGCAAUCCGCGCGCAGCUGAGCCGGCCCUCGGAGGGUCUCGUCUCCAACUACAAUUUGACAAUCUUCCUGCUGGCCGCGGAGGUCCGUCCGAUAUCGCAUUUAAUGAAGCUCGUUCAAUGCCGGACCAUCCAGUUGCAACGGGACGUCCAUGUCAACCCGUACAAGGACGACGGCGUCACGUCGGAUCAGGUCAGGGCACUGGUGGCCCGCUUGGAUAUGCUGGAAUCGCGGCAGGAGCCGACGCCGAUCAGGCAGAACGGCAACUCGGACACGUUAAAGAUCAAGCAAGAAGCCUCCAUUGCCCGCGAUGUCCGCAACGCCAUCCAGCCUGACCUCGACGCGCUGAACCGAGCCGUGCGGCGGUACGAGAAGAAAGCCACGGUGCUCGCAUUCCAGACCGAGUCGCGCUUCGCGGCCGUCGAUACGCGCUUGAACGACGCCAUCGCACUCGCUGCGGCAGCGGCCAAGAACAGCGCGGCACGGCCGGGCUUCAUGCAGUGGCUGGUCGAGUCGGUGUGGGCCGUCCUCACGAUGCCCUUCUUCGCCAUGGUUGCUCUGCUGGUGCUCCCGUUCAAGACGGUCCGCGGGCUGCUCAAGCGGAAGAAGAAGUCGAUGCCGGAAAGGGCAUCCAGGUCGAGCCGCAGUGGGAAAGCUAUGGGGCACGGCCGGGUCGCAGCGGACAGGCCGCCGAGCCGGGUUUCGAAGAGGUGA